ACUCAUAUUCCCCCUCCUUCUCCUCUCCUCCUUCUCCUCUCCUCCUUCCCUUCCGUAUAUGUCUCUCACAACAAAAACAUUACCUCAUCAUUCACUUCCUUCUCUCUCCUAUGACACUUUCCCUCCCCUUCUCUCACUCCUCUCUCCAUUACCACCACCACCACCACCCUUUCCCUCUUUUCCUCUCUCCCUCCCGCCGCUUUCAAUGGCCUCGAAUGCUUUCCUCUCUCCCUUCCGAUAACCUUCUCCUCCUCCUUGGCGCCACCGGCUCUGGUAAAUCCUCCCUCUCCAUUGACAUCGCUGCCCGCUUCCCUUCCGAGAUCAUCAAUUCCGACAAAAUGCAACUCUACAGAGGCCUUGAUGUAACCACCAACAAGCUCCCUUUCUCCGACCGUCGCGGCGUUCCCCACCACCUCCUUGGCGAUUUCGACCCUCUCGCCGGUGAGGUCUCCGCUGCCGCUUUUCGCUCUCAAGCCUCUGCUGUCAUCUCCGGCGUCGUCUCUCGUGGGAACCUUCCGGUUGUCGUUGGCGGGUCUAACUCGUACAUUCACGCGUUGGUGACGGCGGGUCUCGAUCAGGACUAUGAUGUUUUCGACGGUCCGCUUAAUCGGCUGUCGGCGGAGUUUCGGUAUCGGUGCUGCUUUCUGUGGGUCGACGUGUCGUUUCCAGUUUUGAAGCAGUAUUUGUCGAAGCGGGUGGACGAUAUGUUGGAGGCUGGGAUGGUGGGUGAGUUGGCGGAGUUUUACGACCCGGAAAUGGCUGAGACGGAGCCCCGAGUCGGGCUAAGGAAGGCCAUCGGAGUUCCAGAGUUCGAGGAGUUUUUCCGUCGGUAUCAUCCGAAAGGAAGAGAGUACAGAGAGGGGGAUCCGCUACGGGCAGGCGCAUACGAAGAAGCGGUGAGGAAAAUAAAGGAGAACACGUGGCAGCUGACGAAAAGACAGUUAGGGAAGAUCGGACGGCUGAGAAUGGCAGGGUGGGACCUUAAGAGAGUGGACGCCACGGCGGCGGUUGUGGCUGUACUGGCGUCGGAAGCGGCGGAAAAACGGUCAGAAAUAUGGGAAGCACAGGUGGUGGAACCAAGCGUAAAGAUUGUGAAGAGGUUCAUUGAGGAGUAGGUUUUCCAGCUUUUUCCAGCUAUGGCAGUUA